GCCGAUAACAGGUUCAAGAUAAGUAUCUGGCUCGCAUAUCUAAGUACACACACACAAAGUUUUCCAACUGAGCGCAUUAGUAUGCUCGAGAACACUUGGAGGUUUCAAGCGUUUCUGCAAAAAUUCAAGAGAGUUUUCAAAAGUAAACCAGUUUUUUUUUUGUUUGCUCCAAAAAAAAAUCCAGGCCAUGCGUUUGAAGAGCAUGCAUUCUCACCCCGCGGUGUAAGAACGUUUUUCGGGGGAACUCUCAAAACAGUUCCGGAAGAAAGUGAGGAGAACGAAACUUGGAAAGAGCGGGACGUGUCUCAAGGAUUGCGAUUCGAAACAGACGUGACGACGGAGGAACAAAUUUUUGCAGCUGAACAACAAUCGAAAUGGCGAGCGUGGAUACGGAUCUCGAAGAGCUCAUGUCCCAUUUGGGGGAAUUCGGCAAGUAUCAGGCCCAACAAUACGCCCUGCACAUACUCGCCGCUCUCACAGCUGGUCUGCACAUGUUAAGUUUGCUGACAGUCGGAGCGGUACCGGCGCAUCGUUGCGAAAUUCCGGGAGUAAACGUUUCCUCCGCUCUGGUCGAUCCGCUCGACUCGACGACCGUCAGCAACUGGCGAAACGCGUCGAUCCUCUUGGAAGAUGUUCCGCGCGUAAUCGACAGUUGUCAUUACCUGGAUCGCGACAAUGUCACCCGGGAAUGUAUAUCUUGGACGUACGACACGACGCACUUCCAGUCGUCGCGCGGAAUCGAAUGGAACUUCGUGUGCUCGCGACGUUGGAUGGGCGCCGCGGCGCAAUCCUCGUACAUGUUCGGCGUGUUUGCGGGUGCGGUUACUCUGGGCAGCAUGGCCGACACUUACGGGCGAAAGAUCAUAUUUUACGUGUCCGCGGUUGCUCAGCUGGUGCUCGGCGUGUCGGUUGCAUUGGUCAGCAAUUAUUACGUCUUCUUGGUGUUCCGCUUCCUGUACGGAAUCUUCGGCUCGGCUGGCGCGUACAUAACCGGCUUCGUUCUGACGAUGGAACUGGUUGGCCCGACGAAAAGAACAAUGUGCGGCGUGUUGUUCCAGUUGGUCUUCGCCGCGGGCUUCAUGCUGGUGGCCGUAUGGGGCGCCGUGAUCAAGGAUCGCAUGUGGCUGCAGAUUGUGUACGGCACCCACAGCGCGAUUCUGCUCGGCCACUGGUGGCUGAUGGACGAGUCGCCCAGAUGGUUGUGGGCCCACGGUCGCGCCGCCGAGGCGAUCGUCAUCGUGCAGAAAGGUCUGAAGAUCAACGGCAGCAACGUGCAGGUGGACGCCGCUAAACUGAUCAGCCGAUCGAAGGUGCAGCAAGAAACCAAGGAAGAGAAGUCGUACGGCGCCCUUGAUCUCUUCAGAACGCCGAAUCUUCGCAAGAAGAGUCUCAAUGUCUGUCUCAAUUGGUUCGCCAACUCGAUCGCGUACUACGGACUGGCUCUCAACACCGGCAAUCUCGUUGGCAAUCCGUUUUUCAUGCUGUUUCUCAGCGGUUUGCUAGAACUGCCGGCUUACAUCUUCAUCAUCUUCACCAUGGAUCGCGCCGGCAGACGUUGUCUGGUCAGCGCGUUUCUGAUAAUCGGCGGAGCUUGUUGCGUAUGUGCCGCCUUUAUGACCGGUGCGACCGGCAACUUCGCGGCCGUCGCGACGAUCACGAUCGUGCUCGUGGGCAAAGCUUGCGUCGCCGGCUCGUUCGCCGUCGUGUACAAUUACACCGCCGAACUCUUCCCCACGGUGGUGAGGAACACGGCGCUGGGUAUCGGUUCGAUGUGCGCGCGUCUCAGCGGCGCGCUCACGCCCAUGAUCUUCCUGCUGGACUCUUUGGAUGCGCGCGUGCCCGCCGCGCUCUUCGGUCUGAUCGCACUCGCGGCCGGUUUUCUCGCGUUCUAUCUGCCGGAAACGCUGAACCAACCGAUGCCGGAAACCAUCGAGGACGGAGAGAACUUCGGCAAGGGCGACACUUGCUUCACCACCACCUGCAUAAGCGGCAAGACCGAAACCGCUAGCGUCGCGAUGGAGCAGAUACCCGGCGAGCGAGAGGAAAAGGAAAAGUUGAAUAAUGUGUAAAUCAGGUGCGCGCGCGUACGAAUACACUUCACAAAGUGCCUUCGAGUACUUAGUAUCGAUAGAGUAUGUGAUUAGUAAGUACGUUUACCACCUUGGCAUGGCGUAAGCAACGUGAAAUAUUGAAUUGAUGUAUAAUUAGGUAGACACGUGUACGUGUAAUGUGUAUACUACAAUUAGAAAGAGAGAGAGAGAGAGAGAGUGUGUGUGUUACAUAAAUUUAAAUUUUUUAUAAGCUGCCUAGCGAGUAAAAAUAAUAUUGCAUAAAUAGAAUAUUGAUAAAAAGCUAACUUUUUAGACUUUAAUCGGUUGGAUUAAAUUUUUUGAUAAAACCGGCGGUCGGGCAGGUGCAAUUGCGAAAAUUCGUUCAAACGAAUCUGACUUCGAGCUUUAGCGCGUUUUGUCAAUUUACCGAUGUAUUUUUAUAUUUUAUGAAUGCGCUUUUUCCAUUCAAAACAAAAUACUGCAAUCUACGCGUCACGAUGUACAUAUAUACGCGUGGGCUGCGAAGUCAAGCAACGUCUGACAAGUUUUCCCGCGCGUUAUACCUCCCUGUUGAUUAAAAAUAGCCGAGUCGCGCGGUAUAGCGCAAUGUAGAGAUUACGCUUCUCGUUUGAGACACAAUAAUUUCGACCGAUCGGUCAAUGUGCGUUUUAACGUACGCGCGAGCGAUCGAUGCGCGAGAUGAGCUUUUGCGCGAAUCCCGCGAAAAUUGCACGCUUUUAUAUGAGCGUCGUAACGCGCUCGCGCGCUCCGAGAUACGCCAAAUUCCACACGUGCGUGACAUUCUCAAUGGCGGAACACAAAUAUAUAUAUAUAUAUAUCGUUUCUCAUCAAACGUAUAUUUGAAAAUAUAAACGACGCAAGUGCGCAAUUUAAAUAAUAAUUAAUUAUUUAGCUUAACUCUUAACCAACACAUCCCUCCGUUUUUUUGCUCUCCGCACAUACACACGAACUGUGUCAAUUGAUAGAAAACUAACAACACUCUCUCUCUCUGGAUAUAGUCAAUGAAAGAUUGCUCGAGUGUAUGAAAGUUUUAAUGAAAGUGCAAUUAGCGAAGUACACACACAUACACACACACACGCGCGCGCGCGCGCUUGUCCUCCGAUUCGCGUGUAUUCGAAACACGUACGUAGGAACUGGGGUGAAUCGGAGCAAGUUUUUGGUACACUGAGAGAACAAUGGAGAGAGAGAGAGAGAGAGAGAGAGAGAGAGAGAGAGAACGUGUGCCUUUGCGGAAAAUAAGAUAACGCGCCUUGAAAUUUGUUGAGCCACACCUUGUUUCCAAGCUAGAACGUAAAUCCGACCCUGAUAAUCGGGCACUCACCUGCGUUAUCGAGCGCGCCCAGGUCCAUGCGCGAGGGAUGCUGGAGCUGGAUGCGAGACGGGAGUACACGAUAGCAAGGAGCGCGCGUCGCCGACUGAACUCCCGUUCCGCUCUCGUCCAUUAAAUCGCGGAUAGCGUUGCACCAGCGCGCGCAACCCCAUUCAAACGCGGCUACGAUCGUUUACCAGAAAUUUGAUCUCCCAUGAAAUGGAAUUGGAUCGCGCAAAGCAUCCUAACGCGUAUCUCCGUGCUUCGAGAUAUUGCGUCCAAUUACUACGUGGAAGGCUGGAAAAUUGAGAAAAGCACGAGAGGGAGAGAAGGGUCGAACCUCGAUCAAUAAAGAUCGAGUAGCUGUAAUUAGUUCAAAUUGCCACGCGUAAAACAGCUGGAUGUAUCCUAAUUGCGAUUUCUCGACGAUACGCUCACAGACAGCCAAAGGGGGCCACGGUACGUUUAAUGCGCUUUAAUUAGUAAAAUUAGACGUUCGUUAAGUGAAAUUAAAAAAAAAAAAAAAAAACUAUUGGACGAAGGCGCUAAAAAUCUUCCUCACUUUUUCCAAUUGAAGCCACUUUUAAAACCAAUUAUAAGAUUAUUUUAUUCCUCCCGCUUUAAGUGAAAAACCAAUUGCGAUAAUCUGAAUGUUUUAAAAAUUAUAGUUAAAAAAAAAAAAAUACAAUAAAAUACAAUAAAAUUUCAA